AUGAACUCGUAUGCCGAGUCACAACAAAAAGGACCAAUUCGUGGAGCCACAGUUCGAAGAAGAGUGGCUGCUUCUGCUGUUGCUGCUGAUGCGACUGCGGCUGUUGCUACUCCCGAUCCCGCACCAGUUGCGGCCCCGUCGCCGGUUGUCACCCCAAAAGCAGUUACUCCAAAGGCGGUGACCCCGGUGAGACAACCAUCGGAGGAAAUGCCGAAACCGGUAAAAGCUUCUUGCAGUAAACUUGCUGAGCGGUGUAUACAGCAGUUUGGUUUGGAUGCUUGGUUCAAGCCGGAGAAAUUGCACCCGAAAGUGGAAUCCCUGAUCUACUGGCGCGAUGUUAAGAAAUCAGCAAUCGUGUUCGGCAGUGUUCUAACAAUCCUGCUCGCCAUGUCGUUAAUUUCGUUGGUCAACGUGUUCUCGUACGUUUCGCUGCUGGACCUGUUCGGAACCGUUUCGUUCCGAAUCUACAAGAACGUGCUUCAGGCCGCACAAAAGACCUCCGAAGGACACCCGUUCAAAGAAUACCUGGACUUGGAUUUGACCCUAUCGCAGGAGAAAGUACAGCAGCUGACCACGGUUGCUGUGGCGCAUGCCAACGCUCUGCUGUCGGAGUUACGCCGUCUGUUCCUGGUGGAAGAUGUAAUCGAUUCUAUCAAGUUUGGCGUUGUCCUUUACUGCUUAGCCUAUGUCGGUGCCAUUUUCAACGGAAUGACGUGUGUCAUCAUUGCAUUCGUUGCACUAUUCACCUUGCCAAAGGUCUACGAAAAUAACAAGCAGUCGAUUGACGCUUACUUGGAACUGGUCAGAAGCAAAAUUCUGGAAAUCACCGAAAAAUUAAAAGCGGCCGUUCCACUGGGAAAGAAAGCCGAAUCCGAUAAGGAGAAAUAA